CGCGCACUCACAGCGUUGCAGCUUCGGGGGGUGUUCGCCGCCGCGAUUGGGAUCCUAGAGGCGAUAACCUCUUUUUCAGACGCCCGCCCACCAAAGUGUGGCUCACGUGGACAGAGUUGGCAAAAGGAAAUUGUACUCCGACAAACACGAUGGCCUCCCACAGAAAAUAUGCUGCAUUGCCCGACCUGGACUCGGCGCCCGACAUUUACGAAACGCCCGAACUUACCGACGACCAGUCAACCAUCCCACCCACUACUGUGCGUUCGCCCUCUGACAACGAGUACGACGACGAUGAGGACGACACCACUGGAAUCUCGCGAUCGCGUCUGCGUAUAGACCAGGCGCGAUCGAAGUUUAUGCCCGCCAGAGUCGAUGCGACAGAUGUCGACUUUUCGGACCGUCUUGUCAGCAAGCGGAGAUCUUACAAGACAUCAACACGGCGCCACCGUAUUCUCGAAGAUGGUACCGAGGAGAUAGGCGACCUGAGCGACGAGGACGACGCUGGCAGCCUCGCCCGGAAGAUCGCUCGGCUAAGGAGAGAGAUUGAAGAAGCCAAGGAAGAAUACCAGAAGCAGAAGGCCGCGUCGGGUGAAUCCAACGACGGGGGGGAGGAAGUGGCGGAGGACGAAUUCGAGUCACUCAGCAAGGUGCUGAACGAGAUGUCGACCCUCGACCGGCCGUUGCCCACCCGCACCAUCCCUGCACCGCCGCCAGCGAGUGUCGGGAAAAAGGAUUCCGGCGAGCACGCCGGUGGCGUCAGCUACGGGACGACUCCCGGGCCAAACUACGAGCGAACGCAUGUCCUAGCCAAAGCGGCCGAUUUCGACAGUCGCCUGCUCGUCCUGGAGAAGGUGCUGGGUCUUGGAUCGGCCGGCAUGCCCGAGUUUGACGCGGGCAGCCUACCGCGCGCCAUCAUACCGCUCCUCGAGAAUCUUCACAAGCAGAUCUCGACCUUGUCCGAGGCUUCGGUCCCCUCGCUCGACAGCAUCAGCCGAAGAGUACGGGCGUUGACACAGGAGGCCGAGAACCUGGAGAAGGCCCGCCGGAACGCUAAGACAGCCCAAGACGCGCUCGCCUCGGCGGGCGCUGCGCCCUCUUCCGAAGGAGCCACCCGCGAGGAUUCAGAGCAGACGGCUAAGAUCAAUGCCCUCUACGGAACCUUGCCGACCAUCGAGAACCUGACUCCCCUGCUGCCACCUCUGCUCGACCGGCUGCGGUCGCUGCGGUCGCUUCACGCGGAAGCCGCCACGGCUGCGGAGACGCUGGCACGUCUCGAGAAGAAGCAGGCAGAGAUGGCCGACGAGAUCCAGCAGUGGCGGGAGGGUUUGGAAAAGGUCGAGAACGCGGUCAGGGAAGGAGACGCGACUAUGACUAAGAACGUGGAGGUGAUAUCGGGCUGGGUGAAGGACCUCGAAGAGAAGCUAGCAAAGUUAUCCUAGACACUAGCAGACACAGUGAUACCCAAGCGAGUUGCUCGCUUUUUUAAGUUUUGUUCUCUCUUCCACGAAGCGGUACUUUUGGAGACCCAACGAACUGUGGGCCUAAUUGCUGUAGUGUAAGCUGCGUUGCUUGGGCGCCGGAGGGAGCUGCGACUAGCGAGAGCGCGGGCAUGGACAGCAGCAACUCGUUGAGUGGAUCAACC